GAGUGAGUGAGUGAGUGAGUGAGUGCGUGAGUGCGUGCGUGCGUAUGCGCGCGAGCGAGUGAGUAUAUAUCGCUAAUGUUGUCGGUCAUUACAUAUUCAUUCAAUAUGCCACAGAAAUGGGUACGAAUAUCGAUUGAUAUAUCUGUAAUGGCGCGGAGAGGUGCAAGGGAGGGAAACACACGGGGCAUCCAUCACUCAGGCAGUCACGCAUGAAGAGUACAAUCAGUGUUUGUCCACUUCCAACCUAGUUGGACUGGCAGUCAUUUAACUGGUGUUACGCCUAGGGAUCACGAUCUAGCGGAACACGCAUCUGAAGAAUCGGUCUAGUUAAUUGAUGCACGGCGAGGCUAGAGGAAGGAAAAUUUCUUCGAGACCAUUAUUACAGACGUCGUUACGCCUAUUCAUCUGUGAAACCCGAAACGUAAUUGCGUAUUAACUCAUGUCAUAUUAGGCUGUAAUAUAAGUAUUUGCUAUUAUUGUUACUGUAGACUAUUAUUCUACACAGUAAUUUGCAGAAGGAGAUCUACAAAUUAUCUGAUCGGGGUUCAAGCUCGCAUUCAUUGAAAAUUUCUCAUCGGAAAAUGUUUUCAUUAGGAAAGUAUACGAAAAAUGAAAGAAGCUUUUAAAAUUGCACGUUGUCUGGUAUCGAAAUCCCGUAAAAUUAAAUCUGGCAAUUAUGCAAUACGGAAACUAAAUCACCUCUAAUCUGAUCUGGAAACAACUUCCCUUCACACACUUACAAUCACUAGCAAAAGAUGGGAUCUUACUUGCUGUGAUUUUUGACGCUGGAAACGGAAUUCACAUGUCAAAGUUGUGACGACGUUUCCCACUGACAUUCCAGGUGCACGUGAUCUAUUUUUAGCUAUUAAUUUAAUAACCAAAUAAAUGAAUAAUUAAAUAUAUAUUCAUAGUUUAAUUCAUCAUAUUUACAGGCUAGCACAUGGGGCAUCCUGGGAGUGUUUGACAUUCAUGGAGACCACUUGUUAAAUGUGAUAAUUUGUUACAUCAGUGAUGCGUGUGCUUAGUAUAUGUAUGAUUGGAGUAAUCAUUCUGAAUGAGAAUGGUUACUCCAAGGUAUAUGUGUACACGAUGUGUGGGCAGUGCGCUGAUAUGGCGCCCGUGUGAUUUUCCCGUUAUCUGCGGGAAGAUAUAUCCGGAAGACGUGUUAUAGCAUCAUGCGUUUACAAGCGGAUGUGGGGAAUUUAGUAUCUUUGUAAAUGGAAAAUAAGUCAUCGUUACUGGAUAUUAUACGGAUGCAUGAGCAUAUGCGUGGGUGACGUUUGAAUUUGGAGGAAAUUCCCAUUUUAACUAUUAUUAUAUGUGUCUGAGCUAUUGGCUUUCUUAUAUUACUAGCAUUCUGCUUCCUACUUGGAGCACUCUUACCUUCCUUCUCUUCGUUACACACACGGAUAUAUAUAUAUAUCUAACAUGAGUUGUGCAGCCAGUUAUACUUCGUUAUGAUCUCUACCUGCGGCAUAUAUAAUCAUCUACUUUCCUUCUCUCGUUUCUGUUCGUUGUUCAUGUACUUGCACGGAUUUCCCAGCAUUUCUGGACCAUCACGACUUACUAUUCCUGCAGCGAGCCUCAAGAGUUUUGAACUGCGACCUCCGACAAGUGACGUCAGGACAUUCAUCCACAGCGACGUCGGCGUCGAAAUUAUCUACUAGUGUCUAGCCACGCUAACAUUUCUCCUACCCCUGCUCUCCGCGCUCUCUCUGUCUCUCCAUUUAAGGUUUCUUCCCACGGGCACAGUUGUUUCCGUCGUCUGGCUUCCUGCCAACGACCAAUCAGAGGCUCGUUCGUCACGCCACCACGCGGCCCAUCAGCACAUCACAGCAGCAGCUGGUUGUCGUGCUUGCACAGUUGCCACCAACGCCACCUAACGAGAAAAGAAGCGAAUCGGGAAACUUCGGCUCCUCGAUCAAGAGAUUCCGCCGCUUCAUAGGUGGCAGCCACGCUCACGAGACGACGAACUGGCGCACGCGCACCUUUCCCGCACACCGCGGCUCGUCGCCCGAAAAGACGUUGCCACGCACCGACGCGCCCCGCCGCAGCACGAUGCCGGAUAUCCGGUUCGACCUGCCGCAAGAUGGCCUCGCACGGCCGAGAAAAAAUUCGCCAGUGUCGAUGAGCGGGAAGAGGAGAGGUUCGGGGGAGAACCAGGCAGAGAGCGGCAACAAGGACCCGCUCGCGCCGAUGUUGAGCAAGAUAUCGGAGCGUACGGAACCCCGCAGCGAGCCGCUGACGCCAACGUCGCCAGGUGUCGUCGCGGUGGCGCCCGAUGCGCGUCGCUGUGUCUUUGUUACCGGUGGCAACGUGUCGCCGCUCGACGCGCUCGUGCUGAACGCUCUCAUCGUGCCCGUCGUCAAGGUCAUAUCGAAGUCGUCGGAACAAAUCCCGGACGCGGUGACCGCCGGCGGUCGUCAUGGCAACGCGGACGCGGCGCUUGCGCCGCUGCGCCGAGCAAGAUCGUGCGAUUCUCUGCUCGAGGAGAGAGGCGGCAGGGGCGGGGGCGGAGGCGGGUGGAGAACGAUUCCCGGACUGCGGGGUAGCUUCGAGAGGAUACUGACGUGCGAGAGACGCAAGGAUGCUGCUGACGGCAGCGGUGGCGCCCCCUGCCCAGCCGCACCAACGCCCAUGCUAGUCGGCGUGAAGCCUCGCUCGUUGCGAUGGCAACCGUCCGUCGAGCAUAUUCACCCCCAUCGCGUCGUGCCAAAGAAGAGAAGCACAGAGUGGCCGCCAGGUGGCGCCGAGGCCAAUGACGUGCGCGCCACCGGAGCAAAGCGAGGUUAUUUAUCGAAACUGCUCGAUAGAGGGCGCUCUCCUACGACGUCGGCCGACGUGCCGGUGGUAUGAACGGAGGAGUCUGUUGCCUAGCGACAAGUGUUUGCAGUCAGUCGACACUCGUGUAAAUAUAAACACGUGAUGCGAUGGUGGGCUAGGUGGGUUACGGGUAACUUUAGCAGUAUUUACCUAACUCUGACGAAAAGAGUCUUAGAAACGAUUUCUCGUUGUUUAUAUAUCAGUUGACUUUUCUUCUGUGUGCAGAGAUCUGGAGUUAGUUGCAGCAGGGAAUCGUGUGUGUUUCUGCGAGCAAAGUUUCGUGUGUGUGUGAGUGAGGCAGUGUAAGGUAAAUAACAUUGCCGCUGCUGCCCACAUGGGCCGUACUUUUUUUUAGGUUGCGAUAACGUUAUAUAUAAAGCGAUAUAAACAUGUAAGAUUGUAGCUAUUAGACGUAUAAAUAUUAUGUAAAACUGUUCCAGCGAUUUGCCGAUCGGUUUAGAUUAAAUUAUGUAUGAAUUAAAUUUAAUAAAAAAUAAAUCGUUACCAGCACACGAGCGAUCUUGUGCAUCACUCGCUACGACAAA